CUUCAAUGUCGCCACAUCUUCUUCACACCUUAUUCCAUUUAUCCAUCGCAUCAUUCGUUUCUUGUUUUCUAGUCUCACUCUCUCCAUACCCAAAAUCCCAAACACGCCUACUAUUAAUCUACUAUUGACCUUUUUAAGGUUUCUUCUCUUCAAUUUUAAUGCGCUUUGAGUGAAGGUAGAGUCAGUAUCACAUUCUUUUCCCCUCUCUGUGAUGAUAGUAAAACGGUUUGGUGGGUGAAAUCUGAGGUGGUUUUGUGAAAUUUUGUUAUGGAUUGAGUAACUUUUCGAUGAAACCGAUUUAAGUCAUGAAUUUGACGGUGGAUUCGAGGGGAUUUUAUUAUAAACGCUGAAACUGGGAUUUAGGUUGUGAAGGAAAAGGGGUUUUGUUGAAUUUGAGUCGGAAGACUUGCUGAAAUUAUGGUUUUUAGGGAUGAGAUGAAUUGGGUUGGUACUGGGAUUUAGUUGAUUUUGAUUCAGAAGACUUGCUGAAAUUAUAAUUUUUGAGGAUGAGAUGAAUUGGGUUGGUAGAUUCUGUUGAGGUUCUAUCGUUUCUGUGAAGAGAAGGACGAGUGAAUGGCUGUGGUAAGCAAAACAAGAAAUAUGCUGGGGGGUCUCGUGAGAGAAGGAUCAUUCAAGUGGUUGCUUGGCAAUCAGAGUCCCUUGGAUGAGGAAUUUGAGGAAAUGGGUAAAUCCCCGUCCGCUCAAAUGAAUUGGCUACCUGAGCUCUCUCCAAUGGCGAAUGUAGUUGUUCGCCGCUGCUCAAGAAUUCUUGGCAUUUCUAUGGAAGAACUCCGAGAGAACUUCAACUCUGAGGCUUCUGAUCCUGUUAAGCAUCCAUCUCGGUUAGCAAGGAACUUUCUGGAAUACUGUUGUUUCAGAGCUCUUGCUCUCUCUACCCGGAUGAUUGGUAAUCUGUCUGAUAAGAGGUUCCAGCGCCUAACAUAUGACAUGAUGCUAGCCUGGGAAGCUCCUGGUGCUGCAAGCAAACCCUUACUGACGGUUGAUGAGGAGAGUACUGUUGGACGAGAGGCCUUUUCUCGAAUAACACCUGCAAUUCCUGCAAUUUCUGAUGUGGUUACCUGUAACAAUCUUUUCGAAGUGCUUGCAGCAUCUACUGGAGGUCGGCUUCAUUUCUCUGUCUAUGAGAAGUACCUUAAUGGAUUGGAAAGGGCAAUUAAAAAAUUGAAGACCCAAUCAGAAUCAUCUCUUCUUUCCGCCUUUCGAUCGUCAAACGGAGAAAAGAUCCUUGAGGUAGAUGGGACUGUCACUACCCAACCAGUUCUCCAACACGUUGGGAUAUCUACGUGGCCUGGCCGAUUAACUCUGACUGAUCAUGCACUUUACUUUGAAGCUCUACGAGUUGUCUCCUAUGAUAAACCAAAAAUGUAUGACUUAUCAGAUGAUCUAAAACAAACUGUCAAACCUGAGUUGACAGGACCAUGGGGUACACGACUUUUUGACAAGGCAGUCAUGUACAAAUCAAUCUCCUUAUCUGAACCAGUUGUGAUAGAGUUUCCAGAGUUGAAAGGACAUACUCGUCGUGAUUAUUGGUUAGCCAUUAUUAGGGAGAUCCUUUAUGCUCAUGAGUUUAUUCGAAAGUUCCAGAUUGAGGGAGUUGAACGGAAUGAAGUCCUUUCAAAAGCUGUACUUGGAAUUCUACGAUUACAAUCUGUUCAAGAAGUAGGUCCUGCUGUUCCUUUUCGCAGAGAGACACUUUUGAUGUUCAAUCUCUGUGGUUAUCUUCCAGGAGGUGACCUAAUAUUGGAAACACUUGCUAGUAUGUCAGCUUCACUGGAACCAGACAGGACUAACAAUUCAAGCACUGGAAGUGGGAUGCGUUCGAUAUCUGCUUUAGCUAUGCUGUCUAACUUAGGGGUUGCUUUGGGAACGAGUUCAACUGUUCCUGAAGCAGGACUUCUUGUGGGUGAGAUGGUUGUGGGGGAUACAACUGCGUUAGAAAGAGCAGUCCAGGAGUCCAGGAAGAGCUUCAAGAAGGUGGAAUUAGCACAAGCAACAAUUGAUGGAGUUAAAGUAGAGGGUAUUGACACCAAUCUGGCAGUGAUGAAGGAACUACUUUUUCCUGUGGUGGAACUUGGAAAGUAUCUUAUUUUCCUGGCGUCUUGGGAUGAUCCUUUUAAGUCCUUGGUGUUUUCCUUUAUUUCAAGUUAUGUCAUUUGCAGGGGAUGGCUAGGAUAUGUGGUUGCACUGGUCCUUUUGUUUAUUGCGGUCUUUAUUGUGCUUACACGAUGUUAUAACCAAGGGAGACCAGUUGAUGAAGUCAAGGUAACGGCCCCACCAACCAUGAACACAAUGGAGCAACUUUUGGCAGUUCAGAAUACAAUUUCCCAAGCGGAAGAGCUUAUACAGGAAGGGAACAUUGCUCUCCUCAAGUUACGGGCAUUGCUCUUGGCUGCUUUCCCUCAGGCAAGUGAAAGGGUUGCUGUUGCACUGUUGUUCAUGGCUUUGGUUCUGGCUAUCCUACCUUGUAAGUACAUCCUCCUCCUCAGUUUUUUAGAGAUCUUUACAAGGAAUUCACCUAUGAGGAAAGCAAGCACAGAAAGGUGGACAAGGAGGCUGAGAGAGUGGUGGUUCAGCAUACCAGCUGCUCCUGUUGUGCUUGAAGUAAGCAAAGUAGAAAAGAAAAGGAAGUGACAUAUAUGUAAUUGUGUGGAGUAAUGUGUAUAGAUGUGUUUUAUUCUGUGGAGAGAUGAGUGCUUACAGGAGUUUAUCAAUCUUCAGAAAAAAAUAAUUGCAGGUAAAGAAAGUGGCCCUUCUUGGAGACAAAGGAUGAAUGUUUAAAGUCUACAUCAUUCCUAAAGAAGGAAUUUUCUCAGCUUUUUGUUCACCUGCUGCCACGUCCUUGCUCUCCAAUAGUUAUCCUCUUUUUAAAUUAUUUCCAUGCCUACUUCAUCAGAGUUGUGUUCCAUAAAAAAAAUAUUCAAAGGAAUGUUGAUGGGAUACACUUACAAUUUGUCAUUCAACUUCUUUAAGCUUAAGAGUGACAAAUGUAUCAUCAUCACCAGCAUCUAGGAUGCAUCUGUGCACAUGUUCCUGAAAUAACAUGGAACAUCAGACCAUGAGAAGUCAGGAUCCUUUUAAGGCAGUUUUGUGGUGUAGGCAUUUUGUACAGGGAAUGUAGCUUUCCUGGACUCACUAUCAUUAAACAUUUGUGAAGUUCCAUCUUUGUAUCACUAGAAACUAUGGUAUGGCAUCUUUUUUUUCAUUCAGGUAAAGAUUGUAUGCCGUACUUUUUCA